GCAAAUUCUAUCAAGGUGGAAAUGUACAGUGAUGAAGAAUCAAGCCGGCUGCUGUCGCAUGACGACCGGCUCAUUGAAAAGAGGACAGCGUGAUUGUGGAGGAUUCUCUCUCUGAGCCACUCGGCUACUGUGACGGGACAGGGCAGGAGCCACAUUCCCCUGGCGGCAUCCGGCUACCCAACGGCAAGCUGAAAUGUGAUAUCUGUGGGAUGGUGUGCAUUGGCCCCAACGUACUGAUGGUGCACAAGCGCAGCCACACCGGUGAGCAGGCAUGGCUGCUGGUAACCGUAAGGGCUGAUGCAUGAGCUUUGCGCUUGUAUAGUGCUUUAAGUCUCAAUGGUCUAAAAGGUUCUAUGUGUCACACUCAGGCUCUUUAGCCUAAUAAGGCUCUGAACCGCUUUAUAGCUCUUUCCUUACAAGACUGGGUGUUAGAUCAAUCCAGGUGCAUUCAGAGUACUUCACACAUCCACGUGUCAUGCUAAACCAUGGUUUUCUGCAAGAUGCAUGAGCUGGGAGCACUCAUGCUUGCUCCUAAACAGCUCCAUGGAGGACUUAGGGGGACAGUGUUAAAUGAAAUAAUUGUGCUAGCACAAGGAUUGGCACUAGCAGAAUGGGACUUCCUCCCUCUCCUCUUCCAGAGAGUUGGAGGAUUCCCCAGAAUGGAUUUAGGAAGUGGGGGAGCAGAGGGGAGAUAGUUCUGCUGCACAAUGAGAAAUCCUUGCCCCAAUGGAACUGUCCACUUAGGUUAAAAAAAAAGUAAAGGACCCCUCGACAGUUAAGCCCAGUCAAAAGAUGAAUAUGGGGUUGUGGUGCUCAUCUCACUUUCAGGCCGAGGGAGCCAGCGUUUGCCCACAGACAGCUUUCCGGGUCAUGUGGCCAGCAUGACUAAACCACUUCUGGCGCAACGGGACACUGUGAUGGAAACCAGAGCGCAUAGAAAUGCUGUUUACCUUCCUGCCACAGUGGUACCUCUUUCUCUACUUGCACUGGUGUGCUUUUGAACUGCUAGGUUGGCAGGAGCUGGGACCGAGCAACGGGAGCUCACCCCAUCACGGGGAUUUAAACCGCCAACCUUCUGAUCGGCAAGCCCAAGAGGCUCCAUGGUUUAGGCCACAGUGCCACCUGCACCAUUUAACACUACACUGAAUACAACCCCGAGUCUGUUUGCUUCCUUUAAACUCAGUUUAUCAGCAUGUUUGAACUGGGGGUCAUGGUUCAUCAGUGAAAGCAAGGAUCGAGGCUAACCUUUCUGGAUACUCAUCCCAAUGCGCUCUUCUUCUUCUUCCUAGGUGAGAGGCCGUUCCAUUGCAAUCAGUGCGGUGCCUCCUUCACCCAAAAGGGCAACCUCCUGCGCCACAUCAAGCUGCACUCGGGCGAGAAGCCCUUCAAAUGUCCCUUCUGUAACUAUGCCUGUCGGAGGAGAGACGCACUCACGGGGCACCUCCGAACACACUCAGGUGGGUCACGAGGCACUUCUGCUCUAGUUCAGUUUUAUGGGUAUUUUCUUUUCUUUAUUGUCCCAUUGUUUUAUGUACAGUGUUUAGAAAUGUAUAUAAUUAAGCAGCACCAUAUUUCUCACUCCAUAAGACGCACCUGACCAUAAGACGCACCUAGUUUUUGGAGGGGGAAUGCAAGAAAAAAGAUUCUUUAAAGGAGCGCUGAGCAGAGCCUAUAUGCAUCCCAGGCUCUGCUCAGCGCUCCCUUUCACGAGCCAUGCGGAGCGUGUGUGCGGCGCUUGCAGGCUUUUCCCUCCGUGCGGUUCUUUAAAGGGAGCACGGCUAUCCCUGGCUUUUGCGGGAGGUGGGGGAAGGGACAGAGCGUGUGGCAUGCUCCCGCAAAAGCCAGGGAUAGUUGCGCGAAGCCUCCGCAGGGCAGCGGGAUGAAGGCUCCCUGUGCCCUGUGGAGGUUUUGCGCGGCUAAGCCAGAAGCUAGAACAGCAAGAGGGAGCGUGGCGCAGCGCUCCCUCUCACUGUUCUGGCUUCUGGGAUAGCCGCGCAGCCUGCAUUGGCUCCAUAAGACGCACACACAUUUCCCCUUACUUUUUAGGAGGGAAAAAGUGCGUCUUAUAGAGCGAGAAAUACAGUAUAUAAAUUUCUUAGACAAAAAAUAGUUAUAGCAAGGUAGACCUUGGUGGGUUGGUAGAACUAUCUCUUGCUCUUUGCCCUCGGCCCAAACCUCUGCUUGUUGGAGUCACCUCUUCUUAAAGGGAGGUAGACCACAGUGACCACCCAUGUCCAGCUUCAGGGAAGCCCUCCCCCGGUGGCAGCCAAAAAGCAGAUAAAAAGGAAUAGUUCUUACCAAGUAAUUUAUUCAGUAUUCACAGAGAGAGACGAAGGAAUGCAGUCUCUAUUAAAUAAUGGCGUUGCUCCGAGUAAAUUCCAACCCCUUCCAUCUCUCCUAUUCUACGUCAUCCCUGCGCCGGCUAAUUUGAGUUUUCUGCCUGUGAGCUUUCUGUUCUACUACUCUCAAUACCAUCCUAGUCCUGGGAGAGGGGGGCUCAGGAACGCUUUCCAAAGACACUGAGUCUGUCAGCUGUCACGCCCCUG